AGAGAUUCAAACACAAACAAGUGUUCGGGCCUCAUCCCACCGGUGGACACUGACUUCCCCGCCCUCUCUGGACAGUGUUAGACCUAGGCCGCAAAGCCCGGUGUGGUAGUAGCUGACCCCGACGCAGAAGCAGGCCUCACCCCGGACACCUCACUGCUCGGCUCGUGUGUUUCAGCGUCUCCUCGGUGUCCCUGCGGUCAGACACCAUGUCCCGCUCCAACAGACAGAGGGAGUACAAGUGCGGGGACCUGGUCUUCGCCAAGAUGAAGGGAUACCCACACUGGCCGGCCCGGAUCGAUGAAAUCCCAGAGCCUGCCGUAAAAUCCUCUUCUAACAAAUACCAAGUGUUCUUCUUCGGGACGCACGAAACAGCGUACCUCGGCCCUAAAGAUAUUUUUCCUUACGAAGAGUGCAAAGGCAAGUUUGCUAAAGCAAACAAGAGGAAAGGUUUCAGCGAAGGCCUCUGGGAAAUUGAGAAUAACCCCACAGUGAAGGCAUCUGGCUACCAGCCAUCUCGGAAGAAACGAUCAUCUGCGAAAGCCUCCAAACCGGAACCCGAAGCCACCAAGGAUGGUGAAAAGACCUCCCCAAAGAAAAGUGACGAAGUGGAAGCCGAUGUUGAAGAGGAGGAUGACAAAAAGCCAGAGGGAGAUGACGACAAUAAAGGGAACGGUGAUGGAAGCAGCGAUGAAGAAGGGAAACUGGUGAUAGACGAGCAGUCCAAGGAGAAGAGCGGCAAUGCGGGCACCAAACGGAAAGCUGAGGACGUAGCAGAGAGUUCCCCAAAGAGAGCCAAGGAAGAGGACGAUAACGAUGAUGAUGAAGAAGAAGAAGAAGCAGCAAGUAAGACUGAAAAGGAGGAUACCCAAACAGAACCGGCAAAGCAGACGCCGGAGGUAGCCAAAGAGGAGAACAGCAAGCCCCCAACACCUGCAGAAGAUGUACGAGAGGAAGAGAAGGCGGAAGAGAAAGCAGAAGCAAAGGAAGGCUCCAGAGACCACAAGGAAAGCGUGUAGCCAUCCUGACCUCCUUCCCUCCCUGGUUGGACAGAAUUGUUACAUCUUUUUCCAAUAUUGGGAGUCCUGGGUGCUUGUAAAGGAGUAAAACAAAAAAUAUUUAAAAAUUAAAAAAAAAAUAGAGAAUAAACACUUCAUCAUCAGCCUGUCACAUCUGCAACCCAACCCAAUACAACAAAAUCUCAUCAUGGACAAACGUCUUAAACCAGAGUCAUGGUCGUAACCCCUGCCGCGUUACCAUCUUGACUUCUUGUUGCAACUUUUAGGCCACUAAUAUAUAUCCUUUUGGCUCUAGCGUCUUUGCCA